AUUCACCUCUUACUUCUAUGACUGACGAAUCAUCAUCCUCCCUAACAAUUAAUCCUCCUUUCUAUCGUACCAUUGCAUAGACGACAUUUGACAUCAUGACAUCCCUUAAAAUUGACGAAUCAGCAAUCCCUGAUCUUACAGGCAAGGUUGCCGUCGUAACAGGCGGCGCAUCUGGCAUUGGCCUCGAAGCAGUCAAACUGAUGCUCAGGAAGGGCGCUGUUGUCCAUAUCCUGGACAGGUACGAGCCAGCUGAUGAAGUUGGCAACUGGCGUGAAUGGCCAAACACACACUUUCACACAUGCAACGUGACCAACUGGCCCCAGCUGCGCGAUGUCAUGACAUCUCUUGGCCCCUUCCACAUGGCCUUUGCUAAUGCUGGCCUGGCCGAGAAAUUCGACUAUUUUGCAGACGAGUUUGAUUCGGAAGGGAAGCUGCAGUUACCGGAUAAUUCUCUCUUGAACGUGAACCUCUGGGGUGUUCUAUACACCGUCAAACUCGCCUGGAGCCUCAUGCGGCGUCAUAGCAUCCACGGGUCUAUCGUCAUCACCGCAAGUACUACUGGGUAUGCCCCUGAGGCAGCGUUACCUGUCUAUUCUGCUGGGAAGUUCGCCCUCGUUGGCCUCGUGCGCUCACUUCGACAUAAUACCGUCAUGGAUCACAUCACAAUCAAUGCCGUAGCACCGGCUGGAACGCUCACUCCAUUGAUAGCAGACCAAGUAGCACCUCUCAAGGAACUAGGGGUCAUCUUUGGCAAGCCAGAGGUAGCCGGUCUUGCACUGGUUUAUUCAGCGACGGCGAUGCAGGACCGACGCGUGGAACCUUACGGCCGUGAUCGGGAGGCAGAUAUCUGGAAGACUGAGCGUUGGAAUGGGAGAAUUAUUUAUGUGUUAGGUGAUACAUUCACAGAGUUGGAAGAACCGACAGCAGAUUUGAGGCCGUUUUGGUUCGGCAAGGAAAAUCAUAGGCUUACACGGUCUCAACAAGCCGCAACUGAUAUUAGACAGGGAAUUGAACAACCUAGAAUGUAGAUUGUAGACCUCCAUAGAUUGAAUAGAAAACAAGAGAAGAGCGAAUUGGGACUAUGCACACUCCCAAACUCAUUUCGCGCUCAUUGCUUCCUCCGAC